AUGGAGGAUAUUCAGAAGGUGUUGAUCUGGGUAUCUGUUCUUAUCCAUAAGGGAUUUCUUGCUAAAAUGGAGGUAUCUGGUCGAAGGACAUCAAAUGACAGAAACUUAAGUUUAUCCAGAGGUUCAGCAGAUGACUUUGAGUUUUCAUGUCAGCCAUGCGCAGGUGAAGGACACCAUGUAGAAGCUGCGGGGUUCUGUCAAAAUUGUGAGGAGUAUUUAUGCAUAACCUGUUACAAAUAUCACUGUAAACCAACACCGAGUAGACAUCAUGUUCUUCUGGAUAAAUAUAACAUGCCGAAACGUAGUGCGCCAGCGUCAGUUAAAUAUGGAUGUAAUUUGACCUGUACGAAACACGCCUCGGAAAUUGUAAAGUUUUUCUGCAAGCAGCAUGAUGCAGUUGGAUGCGGAGACUGUGUGAUUCUGGAUCAUAAAUCGUGUAAGAUCGAUUACAUUCCCGAUGAUUCUAAGGAUUUUAUAGAUGGCGGGGAAUAUGAACAGCUUGUUACACGGGCGAAACAGCUUGAGAACAAUGCUAAAUCGCUGAGGAAAGAGAUAGAAGAAGAUGCCAAAGAAGUUUAUAGACUUUAUACUAAAGCAGUAUGGGAUAUUCGAGCGUUUCGAAUACAAGUAGAUAGGUAUUUGAUAGAUAUGGAACAAAAACUAUUGGAUCAAUGUGAAACACAGAAAAAGAAAUCGGACACAAUGUUAAAGGCUGUUAAGAGAGAGUUACAACCGAUGCAACUCGAACUCGAAAACCUUCAUUCACAGCUUACUCCACAAGAGAAGCAGUCCGGCGAUUUAUUUGUUCGAGCGAAACAAAUAAGUUUUCGCCUGAAGAAGAUAGGAGAAGAACUGGAAUUUGUUGACGAGAAAAAUCAGCCAAUCUACAUCAAGAACAGGCUUGUUGUAUCUUAUAUCAAUCCUCCAAAAGUGGAGAUUCUGAGUCUGGAUGGGAAAGCUAUACAGAUGAUUGAUACUGACAGCAGCGGGGAAGAUUUAUUUCAGUUUCCGCGGUAUGUAGCUGUUCAUCGGGAUGGAAACUGUAUUUAUGUUUCUGAUUUCAAAACUAAUUCAGUGACUAAAGUUACUACAUCAGGAACGGUACUUGAUACAUAUGAAGAGGCAAACCUGUCAUAUCCGGAUGGAAUUGCCGUUUUUAGCGAUGGGUCAGUUAUAGUUUGUAACAGUGGAAAUCACAACUUAUAUCUGCUGUCAUCAGAAAACAAGAAAAUAAAGACAGUUCUGGACACGACAACGAGUCCACAUGCCUUGUGUUUUAAUAGAGAAUCAGACUCACUUUUUCUGAGUUUUGAAGAAUCAAAACGUAACACAAUUCACAAGUACAAGUUUACUUAUUAA